CCGAAUCUAGCUUCAUUUGUUGUGCCUACUAACUUAGAUAAGGAAUGGGAUUCCACAUUCACCUGCUCUCGGAAAGGAGAAGCGCAUUUUGGGGAUUUCUCGAUGAUGCAGCGUCCCAUGUGUCCCGCACCAUCACAUUCCAGUGCCCUCGUGAUUUAUAUGUUUGUCGCGCUGGCCCGGUUUGUCCUAAUGGCUCUCAUUGAGUCAUUCAUACAACUGAUUUGCUGGGAAAAGCAACUGAUGGCGCGCCGUGCCAUCCCCGCAUGUGCUUCAAGCCUCCUCGUACGCUAUUAUCAUACACUGCUUCGAAGGACAACUCCGUACAGUCAGUGCAUGUGUUUUGUUUCUCAAAGGACCGACAGCUACUCAUCUCCUUUGAUUGAGCAGCGCUAGUAAGGCACAUGUGAUCGAGCCCGGCUGUGAAAUUGGGAAUACCGCCGUUGCAAACUGCCGCUUGCCCAACAGACACUCUUGUUACUCCUCGCCUUGGCAUCAUGGCUUAGAUCCUAGGGACGCAGAUUUUGGGAUGUACGUGCAGUGACUUGGCAUAAACUAGGUGGUGGUUGGUUGGCCAGAGACAUUUCACCCUGAGACAGACUCUGGGCACCGUACGGAUGACGCGCUCUCUUGGG